AUGCACUUUAGCUACGAGGUCCCGACAGGCGACGCGAGUUCAAUCACAUUUGGGUCAAGUUACCUGCACAACCUACUGCAACGUCUGGAAUCCACCAAAUCUGAUACAGUAAGCUGACUGCCCAGGCAGAAUUUCCUAAUUCCCCCAGCAUUCACCAGAUUACUACCAGGCAUACGUAAUUCAGAGAUGUUUUGGCAAAUUUUGAAUAAUAUAUAUUGACCCAACUGUGAUAGACUCGCGUCGUAGCGGGGCCUCGUAGCUCAAAUGUUUAGAGCGUUGGCUAUACUAAGGCCUUCCCCUUUCUGCGUGGGUUCGAAACCAACCAAGGCGCCGGGUUUUUCACAGUUGGGUCAAUAUGAAGAAUUCAAAAUCUACCAAAAUAUCUAUAAAUUACUUGAGCCUAGUAGUCAUCUGGUGGAUUCUAGGUGCAUUACUUAGGAAAUCCUGCUUGGGCAGUCAACUUACCGUAUCAGAUUUGUUGGAUUCCAGACGUUGUAGUAGGUUAGGCGGGUAACUUGACCCAAAUGUGAUUAAACUCGCGUCGUCCGGCGGGGCCUCGUAGCUCAAGUGGUUAGAGCGUUGGCUGUACUAAAGCCUUCCCCUUUCUGCGUGGGUUCGGAUCCCACCGAGGCGCCGAGUUUUUUACAGCUGGAUCAAUAUGAAUUAUUCAAAAUCUGCCAAAACAUCUACGGAUUUCCUGAGUUAUCAAUCUGGAAUCCAUCAUAUGACUACCAGCCUCGCGUAAAUAAUGCGUGUUUUGGUAGAUUUUUAAAUCUGGCCUAGACAGUCAGCUUGCUGUAUCAGAUAUGGUGAAUCCCGUACGUUGCAGUAGACUGGGAGGGUAACUUGACCCACGGCUCAAGUGGUUAGAGCGUUGGCUGUACUAAAGCCUUUACCUCGCUGUUGCGGGUUAGAAUCCCACCGAGGCGUCGAGUCCUUCACGGUUGGGUCAUAAUAGAUUUUAGAUAAAUGAGGGCAACAGGGAUACCAAUUCAGGUUUGAAAAUCUGGUUUAGAAGGGAACCACUCUGCAGUCAAACGGUCCAUAAUAAAUGCCUAAUAAUGGGAGUUAUAAGUAGUAUGCAAAGGCCAGACCAAGAAAUGACGUGGUGCCUAACUGGCAUCGAUUUUUUGAUACAGGUACACCACAAGACGGCAUUAUCCACGAACGCAAUCUGGAAGUGCGGCAGCCACCUGGGCUCGGAUCACGGGUGCAAGGACUAUCCCACAGUCAUUCAACAAAUCAGACCAAAAGCUGCUUCAGGCAUGGGUUCUGGAUUCUCCGUGGACUGAGAUAUGGACACGCAUCCCCCACGUCGCAACCCAACUUUCGGUCAAAAACGCGAUACAAGUGAUAUUCAUCUGUUGCUGCAAUGUGCACAGUCUCCGACGCCCCACUCCUUACGAGCAUAAGAGGAACAAGAGGGAAUCGGGCCGAAACUGAGUCCGCUCUCACGGCAUAUCAGCACAUUCUUCACGCUUGGACUUAUCCUGCAGCGCCAUUAGUCGUACAUUGACAGACUUCCAACUGACAGGAAACCUGCUCCUUGAUAGUAGUGAACAGGCGAGCCCCAGGAAGCAGUUUUAAACCUGCUGCCCCCUCCCCAGAACUAAAAUGACUCCUUCUUAAUGUAGCCACUGUGGCGUUCUCGCUCAUAUGGGGUUCGGCCCGCCCUGACUGCAGCCAGGCACAUCUGGAACAGAGACCAGACGGUGCGUGGCACGCGUAGACGACCCGUUCGGCCUGGUCUGCCACCGCACUCAUGGCCACCCCGUGGUCGAAUCAAGAUGGAAGACGGAGGAGAGUGCGACAGGUGCUGUGUAAGACUAUUUCAUUACAAACUAACUCAGACGCAAGUCAUUGCUGCUGCUGCUGCUGCUGCUGCUGCUGCUGCUGCUGCUGCUGCUGCUGCUGCUGCUGCUGCUGCUGCUGCUGCUGCUGCUGCUGCUGCUGCUGCUGCUGCUGCUGCUGCUGCUGCUGCUGCUGCUGCGUUCACCCCAUGGGAUGGUUGUGGAAGUCAACACCUGCGAUGGUCGAACUGCCACUGCGUGCAGGCCAUAGCUCCGUAG